CAGCAGCACACAGAUAUUUCUUCACAUAAUAUCAGUUGUUUUUCAACCUCAUAACAUAACUACCUGAAGACUUUAGAUGAAUUUUGAGGACUGUCUUAUAUUUUAGACUAAAGCUACAGUACAGGUUUGGAGAAACAAGAAAUUGAGAAUUUCUUUUUUUCUUUUUUUCUUUUUUUUAAAUACCUGGGAUUUAUCUUGGAUUGGAUUAACUGGCGUCUUUCCUCAAGUUUUUUGCUGUGUCAUUCUACUACAAGCUGAAACAGCAUGGCUGUGAUUCUGUGGACAUUGGUACUCUCUGUGCUCAUUCAGGGCUGUUUGAGCAGUGUGGGACAGCCUGAAAGUGGCUGCAUGAAAUGGAGACCUGAGGGGGAGAAUGUUUGCUGUGAUGCCUGUCAUCCAGGAAACCGCAGGGUCAAAGAAUGUGGUCCUGACCCGAAAGGUCUUUGUACUCCUUGUGAUUCUGAUUAUUACACAAACGACCCUAAAGAUUACAAAUGUCAGAUGUGUACAGAGUGUGUGGGGGCUCUAGUCCUGGUGAAAAAGUGCACAGCCACAUCUGACACAGUGUGUGGUUGUAUAGAGGGACACAUCUGUGGUGAUGAGCACUGUUCCUUCUGUGUUCAUAAGUGUGACAAAGGCCAUGAACCUACAGAUAAACGUACUUGCAGACCGUGUCCUGAUGGAACCUUCAAUGACCAAAUUCACCAGAAGUGUAAACCCUGGAGUACCAAGUGUCCUAAUCCAGAUCAAGUCAUUGUGGCCAGUGCGAAUAAAAUCUCUGACAUCAAGUGUAACACCACUUCAGCAGUAACUGUUUCAGCAGUAACUGUUUCAGCAGUAACUGUUUCAGCAGUAACUGUUCCAAAACAGCCUGAUCGUACACAGGAUGAGGGGUCAGUGGCCUUCUUUGUGGUCCCCAGCGUUUUUCUGAUGACCCUUAUUAUCAUCAUCAUGAUCAUCGCUGUGGCUGUGAAAACCAGCUCCAAAACAGAUGAGGAGAAGAAAACUAAAAAGGAAACCAUAAAAACACCAAUAAUCAGAACCCCCACAGAUGACCCUGAGACAUUAAUAGCCAUAGAGUGCAGUUUCCACGAGGCCCAGCAAGAACAGGGCAGCAGCUCAGAGUCGCUGGCCUCCAAGGACUCCUCAGACCGGCUCAUUGUAUGAAUGGAACGAGACCAGACUUCACUUGGGGAAUGGCUUUUAAGGUUUUGUUUAAUUCAGGGAAAGAAAACAGGAUAUUGUGAAUAAGAUGGGAUCCUUCUUUGUGAUACUGAGCCACAUGUUUGGAAGAUGUCUUGUUGUGGGAAUUUGUUUGGGUCUAAAAGGAAGAAACAUUGUGUCCACCCAGCUGCCUUUUAUCCACCCUGUUUUCCUUUAUCAGAUAUAACAAAACUUAAAGUCUUCAGUUUUAAAAAGUCAGGUCAGAUGUUAGACAUGGCUAAAUAAGGAUACAGGACACAAGAUACAAUUAGAUCUUUUUUGACACACAGAGGAGGAUGGGAAAUUCUGAGGGGAAAAAACAAAGUGGACUUUGAAUACCAUCCUAUUCAUCAUGCAAAUCUGGGCAGACAGUAUGUGUGGCUGUGUGUUUUCCCUUUCAGUUCAGCUUGAGAGUAGUCCUAAACAGUAGCCUUACAGAAGCCCUAAAAGAGGCAGGUGGCAGGCAGCUUUAAGGUUAUACCAUAGAAUUUUGUAUGAAUGAUUUUGGCUGCUCUGAUAUUUGCAUGUCAGGGCGGGAAAGCUGCAGAGUGUUGCUCUGUGUGAAUGUACAGUGCAGGUGGGUGUGAGCAGGGUGUUAAAACAUUACACAGGUUUUAGUCACGUCUGAUGUUGAGCCCACAUCUGCCUCCUUACGUAGACGUUUUGGUUUACUCAGGCACUGGUGCUUAACUUAGCAACCUACUAUUGACCGCUGAGUCUAUGCAUUUGCAGUCUCACUUAUGUUGCAGCUGUGUGGUUGGAGCAAUGCCAAUGCAGUGUUUCUUUUUUUUGUAAAUAGAUUUUGGUUCAUUAUUUAAACUUGUUUGUUCAUGAGGAUAGUAUAAUAAACUGUGAAACUCCCAAGGAAACUAAAAUGCUAUCCCUUCUUCCCUACUUUACAUUACCUGGAAUUAUGGACUUGCCUACUAUUGCUUCGUUUUUGGUGCUUCAUUUGCCUCAACAAGUCCAGUGUUGGACUUUCCCUUUUUGUUAAUAGGUAAUCCUACAACACUUUAAAGCAACAUGUAGUCCUCAAUAUCUACUUUGGUCUGUUUGUUUUAUUAGAGGCUGACAUAUUAAAGGUUUAAGAGCACUUUUGGCACAAGCUGAGACAUGACUGCUGGACAACCUGUGGAGUCCUUAUUGUAAUGAAAUGUGAGAUAAGGUGAUUCAUCAUGCACUUUGUACGUACAUCUUUGAGAUUCUUAGUAAGUGUGUCAAAGGGAAUUCCUCAGGACAACUACAUGUUUGGCAAAUAUAAUGGGCACACAAGAUUUCAAAUGUUGCUCAAGGGUUAGGCAGGAAACCCCCUUGCCAGUUCUGUAAGAAGUACAUAUUUAAGAUUACUUUUAGAAAUGUCACAUGGGAAAUCCUUGUUACAGCUACAUACUUGGCAAAAAUAAUGGACAUCCAAGCCACACAAUGAGGCUAAAGGGUCAUGUGGAAACCCCCUCAGUCAGUCCUGAACUUCUUGUUCUUCUUCUUCAAGCAUGAUAGAGUGGGCAGCUACAUCAGACCAAGUGGAAAUUUUUAUUUUUUUUAUACAUAUUUCUUUUCUAAACUGUAGCAGGCGUACACUUUCUACUGAAAUGGAACCUUUAACAAGUGUGCUGUGUGGGCUUAGGGGUGAAAAUGUUAGCCCACAUCUAUAGUAAUGUAUCAGUGAUAUAUAUGAGUCACAAUUCAGGCGAAGUGACGUCUGAUUGAAGAGCAAAAGGUUCACAGUUACUGACAGGAGAAGAGUUACUACAUACAAUGACAUUUUGUAGCACUUCUGUCGCACUUUAUUCACCGGUCAACUGUUACCUUAGUGUAUUGUUAUGUACUUCUGGUUUGUUUUGGUAUGUGAAUUUGUCUUUUCUGCCUUUUUACAUUAUUUAACAUGCAAUGCACUGUAGUGCACUGUAAAAUAUACUGUAUUUUUCACUGUACUUUUGACAUUUACAAAACAGAAGCCAAUUAAAAAUAUUUUAUUUUUA